AUGGAUGCAGGAAAUCAUUCUUCAGUAGCCUAUUUUAUCCUUGAGGGGUUGACAGAUGAGCCAGGGCUCCAGCUCCCUCUCUUACUACUCUUUCUACUGAUUUACAUGGUCUCCAUUGUGGGAAACUUGGGCUUGGUCUUUUUAAUCAGGAUCAGUUCACAGCUGCACACUCCUAUGUACUAUUUUCUCAGUAACUUGUCCUUCAUAGAUCUCUGUUAUUCGUCUGUCAUAAUUCCCAAGAUGUUAAUGAACUUUGUGUCAGAGAAGAAUUCCUUGUCUUUUCCUGAGUGCAUGGCCCAGCUGUUUUUCUUUUGCUUCUUUGGCAUUGAUGACUCCUACAUGCUGACAGCCAUGGCAUAUGAUCGUUAUGUUGCCAUCUGUAAGCCCUUGCUCUACAAUGUCACCAUGUCCCCCCGUAUCUGUUUUCUACUGGUCACCAGCGUGUAUACAAUGGGAGCUUUGGGGGCUUUUGUCCAUACCAGCUAUAUAUCUAGCCGUUCCUUCUGUGGGACUAAUGUCAUCCAUCACUACUUUUGUGACAUCCUUCCUCUUCUGAAUAUAUCUUGCUCAAGAGACAACACUAAGGAGCUUUUAGUGAUGAUUCUGGUUGGAUUUAACGUGUUGGCAUGUGUGUUACCCAUCUUCACCUCUUACACCUUCAUCCUUUCCAGCAUUCUGCAAAUUCAUUCAGCCGAAGGUAGGUCCAAAGCCUUCAGUACCUGCAGCUCCCAUCUUGCAGCUGUUGGGGUCUUCUAUGGCUCCAUCAUCUUCAUGUAUUUUAAACCAUCUACCAGCGACACAAUCCAGGAGAAGGUGGCCUCUGUAUUUUACACCACAGUGAUUCCCAUGAUUAACCCCCUUAUCUACAGCCUUAGGAAUAAGGAUGUCAAGGAAGCUCUACAGAAAUUUCUCAGUAGUAGAAUAUUUUCUGAGUCUGUGUAA